GCCUGUAGUGGGUCCGCCCGCAGCACUCGCUGCUCGGCCGGUGCCUAGUGCCUCGUCUCCCCGCGGCCAGUCCCGGCCCCGCGGCGCCAUGUCGAUGCGGACUCUACCCCUGCUCUUCCUGAACCUGGGCGGGGAGAUGCUCUACAUUCUGGACCAGCGCCUGCGGGCGCAGGCUGUCCCAGCCGAAAAGGCCCACAAAGAUGAAUGGACAGAUGUGGACAGGAAAAGAGUUUUGAGUGAUAUCAUCUCAACCAUGUUCAAUAAAAAAUUUUUGGAGGAAUUGUUCAAGCCCCAAGACCUCUAUACCAAGAAGGCCCUGAGAACCGUCUACGAUCGCCUGGCACAUGCCUCCAUCAUGAGACUAAAUCAGGCCAGCAUGGAUAAGCUCUUCGACUUGAUGACCAUGGCUUUCAAAUAUCAAGUGGUGCUGUGCCCCCGACCCAAGGAUCUAUUGCUGAUCACUUUCAACCACUUAGAUGCUAUCAAGGAUUUUGUCCGUGACUCCCCAACCAUUAUGAACCAAGUGGAUGAGACCUUUCGGAAAAUAAUUGAAGUGUAUGGUCGUCUUCCUGCUGGUGAGUUCCAGCUCAUCAGACAGACCCUGCUGAUUUUCUUUCGGGACAUACACAUCCGGGUAUCCAUAUUUCUAAAGGACAAAGUCCAGAAUGCAAAUGGCCGCUUUGUGUUGCCAAUAUCUGGACCUGUUCCAUGGGGAACCGAUGUCCCUGGACUCAUCAGGAUGUUUAAUAACAAAGGAGAAGAAGUGAAGAGAGUGGAAUUUAAGCAUGGUGGACACUUCGAAAGGGCACAGAGCGAAGGUUCUUUUGAUCUUUAUGGAGACAGAGUCCUCACACUAGGAAAGAAUAUGUACAGCAUUAGUCGGCCAGUGGAAACACAUGUGUCUGGACCAUCAAAGAACUCAGCUUUGAAUACUACUAAGGAGAGCAUUGCCUCGGACCUUCUUGCUAAAGAAGAACUGAAUUUCUUGGCCAGGUUGAUGGGAGGAAUGGAGGUUACGAAAACCAGUGCCCCUGAACCCGGAUUCCGGUUGAAUCUGUUUACUACUGAUGAAGAAGAAGAGCAUGCAGCACUAACCAGGCCAGAAGAGUUAUCAUACCAAGUCAUCAACAUUCAGGCUGCCCAGGACCAGCAAAGAAAUGAAGAGCUGACUCGUAUCAUGGGCGAAUUUGAGAUCCAUGAUCAGCCCCAACAGAGCACCAGCAAAGGUGACGAUUUGCUGGCCAUGAUGGAUGAAUUGUAACAGUGGCCUGGUGAGCCCGGGCUCCCACCAACAGCAGAGACUGCUGGACCAUAGCUGCCUGAGAUUGGACUAGGACCCUCAAAGACGCUGCUAGUUUUGUACCAAGUGGAGCCUUGAUCCCUCAUACUUUUUUAUAAUGUGACCAACUGCACAAGCUUCUUUCCCUUGCUCAGAGCUUUCUCCCAAAGGCCCUAACACACAUACAUACAUAGAUAGACACACACACACACACAUACAUGCAUGCAUAUGCACACACACACACUGCAUACUCAGCUAAAAUCAUUCUGAUUUUCAAACUUGACCUUUUUGUGUUUCCUUUCCAAAUGUUGCAGCAGCCAUCUCUAGCUGAGCAGGCUCAGAUCCCAGCCCUGGAAUCUGCAAGGGCAGGAUUGUGGGUACCUUCUCUCUGCUUUGCUCCCUCAUCUCCCCUGUGAGAGGGAGGGAUCUUGUCUAUGUCUCUAAUCUUCACGGGGAAUCCAAAGCUUUUUGUUUGUUCUGCCUUACAGGUCGUUUGGGAAGCUCUCUUCUCUCUAGUCGAGUAGGAACAAGAAUCUCAGGGAGGCAGAGUAAUCAGGGCAGUGGCGUGGACUAGCCCAGCUGUGUUGAUAUGUAGAUAUGUGUGUGUGUAUGGGUGUGCACAUGUGCGUGUGUGCAUGUGUGUGUGUGUGUAUACAUAUAUAUUUGAAGAAAAUAUUUUGCUUUUCAGCAUGGUCUGUGCUUCUUACCCCCAGCUUUUAUCUUUGCCAUCCCCAGGCUGGCAUACCAGACAACCAGGAGGUCAUGAGAUGUGUCUCACAAAGCCAGUGUGUUGUGCUCAGGCGAUGGAGACACCACAGAUAGCUGUCACCUUGCCUUUUGAUUACCAGCCAAGCAAUGUCCCUUCAUGAGGAAAAGAUACCCCAGUCUAAUUAGGGCUCACUUAAAGUAGUCAUAGGCUUUGCCUGCUUUCUUUUCAGGAGAUUGAAAUCAAUUCAGCCUCUUACUGUUGAAUCAGGAAUGAUCUGAGGAGCCCCUCCCUCCCAUCUGCUAGUCUGUAGCCUGUGGGAACUAGCCCAUGGAGCAUGCUUUGCAAUGGGAGCGGCUGGAAUGGCCAUCCCAUGGAACAUGCAUUGGAAUGGGCCUGCACCUCAACCCCCUCUGGUGAACCAGAUGGGCCCCUGCUCAGUGCUGAAGGAUUUGCACUUUAGAAUAAUGCAGUAAUCUCUUAUCAUCCCCCAAGAACCAUGGCUGGUUCAGUUCCAAAUAAAGUAUAUAGAGUAGACUUAAAUUAUUUCUAUACAGGAAGCAUCCAGCUUGGUGAUAUAGUGGCAAGGGAUUAGUUGGCUUCUUCCCCUUCCCCCAACCUGUCACAUCCAAGCUAAAAUGAAUCUCUUCUGUAGUGAGUACAAGGGGAAGCAUUAUCCCAUUUUCAUCUUUAAAAAAACUAUCAUCAGACUUAUUCCUAGAACGGUAGGCUAUGCCCUGGUACUGGAAGGUCUUGAUGUGAGUAACUAAGUCCUCUUUCUUUACAAACCAAACAAGUUUAAGUUGCUUCCUGCUCAUCUAUCUCACUGAGUUUUCUGCUAAAGCCCUCCAGGAAAGUAGGUGGUAAAGAGGGAUAGCGUAAGUUCACACUCUUGUUCAAAGGUUUACCAAGUGCCUUCUGUUCAGUCCCUUCCUUUUGCACAGUUUGGGCUCCCUUUGAAGGGGGGGGUAUAGUUUGGUUGGGGACUAAGCAAGGGGGAAACGUUGCAGCCUGUUUAAAGGCUAGCUCCUGCCCCUUGGUUUAGGGCUGGUUUAGCAGACUCUACAAAGCUAGGCUUUACUAGAUGCCAAGGGCGUGUCCUCUGGGCCAUUGGAGGUGAGCCACAAACUGCCAAGAAGAGGUGGCCACCUCCCAGUGACAUAUUCCUGAGCCAUGCCAGUGAUUUCAGUGAUAUUAGUCUUCUUGGUAAAUAAACAAGAUAAAAAUCUCUAUCCCUAAAGUAGCUCUUUGAUGAGGCAAUCUUUUGGCAUGUUCCACCCCUCUGGACUUGCAUGAAUAUUGAGAAAGUGAGUGUAAUUCCUCUGUGUGGUAGAGUAGGAGUGUCCAGAGACCACAAGAGGACCAGGGGCAAGUCAAAAAUAACAGAGAGGGGGUGACGGGAAUAGAACACCCCGGACUCUCCAUUCAUUUAACCCCAAACCAAAGGGAGCAGAGAAAGAGCAGUGUUCCCAUAAAGCCCCUAGACACCCUUUCCACAGUUGUCUAAGUCCAUUGCCAUUAUUGUAAUUGUCAGUGUAAGGAGACCACCCAACCACCUCUGGGUUUGGCUUUCACUUCCUAAGUAAACCAAUAGGAUGGCAUUGGCUACCAGGAAGGAUGUCCUAAAACUGAGGGACGAGGGGAGCUGGGGAAGUAUAGAAAGUGGGACGAUUGAGAAUGAUCUCCUCAAGCACAUCCUGUCUUCAGUCUAAGCCAGAAGUUGGACCAGCAUGGUCCAGUAGAAGGAGUGCUAGAUUUAGAAUUAGAGGACCCAAGUUCAAAUCCCAGUUCUGCCUCUUACUCCCUCUG